AUGUCGAAUCCCAAACCACCCCCAGCUCCAGUCAUCUCACCCAUCACCUCCGACAACCCCAACCUUCCUACCGCAACAAUGGGUAGAAAGAGCUCAUCAAUCUACUUUCUUCAACCAAUGUCGAAUUACGGCUCCUCUUCCAACGCAAACCGCGACAACGACACAAAUUUCUAUGCUUCCAUCGAGCAUGGUAUACUUUUGGGUCUCCGCGGUCUUCCUCAUACUUCGAGCAAACGUCGUAAGCAUCAAGCUCGACUCAUCGAAGAGAUCCCUGAAUUCUCUCUUCCUGAACCUGCCAAUACUAGAAGUGUGGAGGGAUCAGGCGCUUUCAAUACUCCUACUAAGCGUAAAGCCGAUGAGAGUAUCGCUAAGAACACGGAACUUGGUGAUCUUACCGAAAACCAUGGUGGUGGAACAAUUGAGUUGAGGGGAACUAAGAGAAGAGCUUCGGAUUCUGUUAAGGCGGCUCUUGGUGGCGCUGAGAGCAAGACUGUGUCGUUUAGGAGGGAGACCAGCGUUAUUCCUACUAGGAGCUUGGAGGACCUUAAGCUUGAUGAUAAUUUUGUUGAUGGAGAUGAAUCGGAGGCUGGAAAGAGAAAGUGA